AUGCCCCCUAUUUUUUCACAUGUUCCAGCCCUCGUCCAGGCUCUUCCACCAGCCGAAGUCCACUUUGGUCAACCAGGUGUCUACACAGGCGCUGGGCUCACCAACCUGCCAAACCCCACUACCUUCACUCCUGGUUACCCUAACCCAUCUCUUGUCCAACCACCCCUAUCUGUGCCUCAACAGCUCUACGAUCAGGCUCUCCCGCAGUCCGUCAAACCUGGUAUCUCGACCUCUCAGACAGCAACUAGUUCAGCAACCGUGCCCGCUCCUACAAUAGCUGACGCCCAAUCCAUGGACCAGCCAGCCCAUCUGGCUAAACCAGAUAUUACUGUUGCUCCAACGCAAUCAGUCCCCGCGAUAAUGCUGCCGGCUCCACCCAGCGAUCCAAUAUAUACAAAUCUACCAACCCUUCCCACAGUGCCCAAGGACGACGUGAGUGCUCCUGCGCUUGUACAGCAGAUACGCUCACCUGAAGCCCAGUUGAUUUCAUUCGACUAG